GUACCAUUUCAUCACAUCUUUCUAUUGGAACAGCAUUCUCAGGGGGUCAAAUUUGCAUUAUCUCCAUGGUUUUUUGGCAAGAGAUGCAUGAUAUGCAACCGAUGUCAAGACUCUAUGAUUCUGGAACAUGUUCAAAGAAAUAUAACUUUCAUUCAGCAGCAAACUUCAUGGAUGUACUAAGCUAUAAAAAGUUAUUAGCCACAUCCAAGUCCAAGGAAGAUACCAAAGUAAUAUCUGCUCAGAAACACAAGGAAGCUGAGAGGAAACGACGAAUUCGAAUCAAUGAUCAGUAUGCCAAUCUGCGAACUGUCCUUCCAAAUUUAAUAAAAAGGAACAAAGCAUCGGUGCUUGCAGAGACAAUCCAGCGAGUGAAAGAGCUGGAGAACACUGUAUCAGAAUUGAAAAAAAUAUAUGGUAUUGGCAGUUUGGAUUGUGUAUUUUCUGAUGGAGCAGACAUGUUGAGAGUAGAGCAAAGCAAGUGGCAAGGAGAAAAGCUUGUGAAGGUAAUGUUCAGCUGCGAGGAUAAAAAGAAGCUAAUGUCAGAGAUUGCAAGAGCUGUGAGGUCAGUGAAAGGGAAGCUGGUGAGAGCAGAGAUAGCUACAAUGUGCGGGUGGGCUGAGUGUGUUCUGUGGGUGCAAGGACUCAAUGGCAAUCAACAAAUGGAGAUACUAAGGACGGCUUUGGAUGCUGUUAUAGAGCCUAGAAUGCUAAAUAACAAGCCCCAUUAAUAAAAAGAAAAAAAACAUUUAUAAUAUAACUGUUGUAUGUGCAACUGUUGCUGUACAUGGCCUACAGUUCAACGGCUCACAUUCCCUCCACUGCCAUCAACGCCUGCACUACUUAA